AUGGGUUUGGUUGACGUUUUGAAAUCGAUUGAUUUUGAACACGAAUCGUUCCCAACUUACCAUGAUUUUUUAAUUCUUCCUCUGUUUGCCAUAUUCUUCCCAUCCGUUCGAUUUUGUCUGGACAGACUUGUUUUCCAGGGUGUGGCAAGGCGAUUAAUAAUUAGUAAGGGAUAUGAUAUAGAUCCAGAUGAAAAGAACAAGAAGAUAAAAAAAUUUAAGGAAUCAGCAUGGAAAUUUGUAUAUUAUCUUUCAGCAGAAAUCCUAGCGUUGGUUGUAACUUAUAACGAAGCUUGGUUCACUAAAACAUCCAACUUUUACAUAGGACCUGGCAACCAGAGAUGGCCUAACCAGAAAAUGAAGUUUAAAUUGAAAGCUGUGUACAUGUAUGCCGGAGGAUUUUACACGUACUCAAUAUUUGCUUUGAUAUUUUGGGAGACAAGACGAUCUGAUUUUGGUGUGUCAAUGGGCCAUCAUAUUGUAACACUCAUACUUAUCUUAACGUCUUACAUAUUGAGGUUUGCUCGUGUUGGAUCGAUUAUUUUAGCUCUUCAUGAUGCUAGUGACGUGUUUCUUGAAGUAGGGAAGAUGUCGAAAUACAGUGGAGUGGAAGUGCUUGCAACGUUUUCAUUCCUUUUGUUCGUAUUGUCAUGGUUGGUGCUUCGGCUUAUUUAUUUCCCGUUUUGGAUUCUAUGGAGUACAAGUUUUGAGAUUCUUGAAGCUUUGGAAAACUUUAAGGGCAAUGAAGAAGGACUAUACUACUAUUAUUUGUUUAACACUCUACUUUUCUGCCUGUAUGUUCUUCACAUAUAUUGGUGGGUGUUAAUAUAUCGGACACUCCUUAAACAAAUCCAAGAUAGUGGCAAAGUUAGUGAAGACAUUCGUUCUGGUUUAUUGCUUUUUUUAUGGAAACGACAAAUAAAUUAUAUAAAAAGACGCACACCUAGCAAGGAGCUAGAUGAGGGCAAUUUCCCAACCAGCGGCAAACUUAAGUAUGUCCACAACAUUAACAAACUGUCUUUGAGGAAUUUCACACCACCGAAAUGUCGAAUUGAUUACAGUUUUCGCAGAAGGGCGCCUAACAAGCACGUGAUCAACUGUUUGAUCGUUUGUGUCGCAAAGAUGACAGUUUGUUGCUGA